GCGGGGAGCGGCGAGUCCCUCCUCCCGCGCCCUCCCCGCCCCGCUCCUUUCUCUGCUUCUCGCUCGCGCUCCCCCGUGCCCUCGGCUCUCGCGGCAGCGGUCUCCCUUGUCCGAGCCGCCCCGCCGCCACCCCUCUGCGCCCAUGGCUCCCCGGGGGCCCCCGCGCACCCCGAGGGGCCCCGGCCCGGCCGCCGGAGCUCCAAGACCCGAGGCGCCGCCGCCGCUGCCCCGCUCCCCGCGCUCCCGGCCGCUCCUGCUGCUGCUGCUGUUGCUGCCGCUGCCGCCGGCCGCCUGCGGGGCGGCGGGGCGCUCCCCCGAGCCUGGGCGCCGGGGUCCCCCCGUCCAGCUGACCCGGUCCCCGUCGGGCCCUCUCGCGGGGCGAGCCCUGCCCGGUGGCGGCGAAGACGGGCCGGAGCGCGGCGACCCGCGUCCCGCUCCCGGUCCCGGCGAGGACCGAGCCCCCGCCGCGGGCCAGGGGCGCUGGGUGCGGGCGGCGCCGGGAACCGGAGCGACUUCGCGGGCGCAAGUCUCGCUCACCAGCUCGUCGUUCGUGCUCAAGGGAGACGCGACGCACAACCAGGCGAUGGUGCACUGGACGGGCGAGAACAGCAGCGUGAUCCUGAUCCUGACCAAGUACUACCACGCGGACGCAGAGAAGGUGCUGGAAAGUUCUCUGUGGCGGUCGUCGGACUUCGGGACGACCUACACCAAGCUCGCCAUCCAGCCUGGCUUCACCACCGUCAUCGACAGCUUCUUCAUCUGCCCCGCCAACAAGAGGAAGAUCCUCUUCCUCAGCUCCUCGCUCAGCAGCGGGGAGCAGAACCUGUUCCUGAGCACGGACGAGGCCACCACCUUCCGGAAGCAGCUCGUGCCCUUCACCGUGGACAAGCUGAUCUUCCACCCCAAGGAUGAGGACAAGGUCCUGGCCUACACCACGGAGGGCCAGCUCUACGCGUCCUGUGACCUGGGGAGGAAGUGGCUGCUGCUGCACGAGCAGGUGACCAAGGACCACGUGUUCUGGGCUGAGUCUGGAGUGGGCGCCGGCCCGGACCUGGUCCACAUGGAGGUCCAUGACCCCGCAGGAGGCAUCCGGUUCGUCACCGCCCACGUCCGCAACUGCUCCAGCCGGACGCUGAGCUCGCUGUUCGCAGGCCCCAUAGACCACCGGUCCCUGCUGCUGCAGGACGAGUACAUCUUCUUUAAGGCAACGUCCAGCAACCAGACCAGGUACUACGUGUCAUACCGUCAUAACGAGUUUGCCCUGAUGAGGCUGCCGAAGUACGCGUUGCCGAAGGACCUGCAGGUCAUCAGCACGGACGAGAGCCAGGUGCUGGUGGCGGUGCAGGAGUGGUACCAGACGGACACGUACAACCUGUACCAGUCGGACCCGCGCGGCGUGUUCUACUCGCUGGUGCUGGAGGACGUGCGCAGCUCCCGGCAGGCGGAGGAGGGCGUGAUUGUGGACGUCCUGGAGGUGCACGGCGUGAAGGGCGUCUUCCUGGCGAACCAGAAGGUCAACGGGAAGGUCAUGACGCUCAUCACCUACAACAAGGGCCGCGACUGGGACCCCCUGAGGCCGCCCAGCGAGGACAUGAACGGAAAGCCCACCAGCUGCCAGCCCCCCGACUGCCACCUGCACCUGCACCUGCUCUGGGCGGACAACCCCUACGUGUCGGGCACCGUGCACACCAAGGAGACCGCCCCCGGCCUCAUCAUGGGUGCAGGCAACCUGGGCUCCCAGCUGGUGGAAUACAAGGAGGAAAUGUACAUCACGUCAGACUGCGGGAGGACCUGGCGGCAGGUGUUCGAGGAGGAGCACCACAUUCUGUACCUGGACCACGGCGGCGUGAUCGUGGCCGUCAAGGACAGCUCCAUCCCCUUGAAGAUCCUCAAGUUCAGCACGGACGAGGGUCUCACGUGGAGCACCUACAACUUCACUGACACCUCCGUGUUCGUGGACGGGCUGCUGAGCGAGCCGGGCGAGGAGACGCUGGUCAUUACCAUCUUCGGCCACAUCAGCUACCGCUCCGAGUGGGAGCUCGUCAAGGUGGACUUCCGGCCGUCCUUCCCCAGGCCCUGCCGCGCCGAGGACUACAGCGCCUGGGACCUCACCAACCUGCAGGGUGACGGCUGCCUCAUGGGCCAGCGCAGGAGCUUCCGGAAGAGGAAGGCCACGUCCUGGUGCGUCAACGGGAGGAACUUCACGUCGGCGCUCACGGCCCAAGUGUGCCCGUGCCAGGACUCCGACUUCCUCUGCGACUAUGGCUUUGAGCGCUCCCUGUCCGACACCAACAAGUGCUUUGCCAACUUCUGGUUCAACCCCCUGGCGCCCCCUGACGACUGUGUGCAAGGCCAGACCUACACCAGCAGCCUCGGGUACCGGAAGGUCGUGGCCAACCUGUGCCAGGGUGGCGUGGACCCAUCACGGAACCCGGCGCCGCUGCCGUGCCCCCUGACCCCGCCCCGGGGCCUGCGGGUCAGCAUCAUCGGGGAGUCGGUGGCCGUGCGGCCGGGGGACGACGUGCUGUUCGAGGUGCGGCAGGAGCAGGGCGACGUCCUGACCACCAAGUACCAGGUGGACCUGGGGGAUGGCUCCACGCCGGUGCCCGUGAACCUCACGCUGCGAAGGGAGCGCGUCCGGCACCGCUACGAGAGCCCCGGCGUCUACCGCGUGUCCGUCCGAGCCGAGAACAUGGCGGGGCGCGACGAGGCUGUGGUCUUUGUCCAGGUCAACCCCCCCCUGCAGGCCCUCUACCUCGAAGUGGUUCCUGUCGUCGGCAUCAAUGAGGAGGUGAACCUCACAGCUGUGCUGCUGCCCCUGAACCCCAACCUCACUGUCUUCUACUGGUGGAUUGGCCUCAGCCUGCAGCCCUUGCUGUCCCUGAAUAACGCGGUGGCGACGCGGUUUGUGGACCCGGGGGACGUGCGUGUGACGGUGCAGGCGGCCUGCGGGAGCUCCGUGCUGCAGGCCUCCAAGGUCGUCCGCGUGCUGGAUCAGUUUCAGGUGGUGCCUCUGCAGUUUUCCCAGAACCUGGACACAUACAACCCCAACACCCCCGAGUGGAGAGAGGACGUCGGCCAGGUGGUCAGCUGGCUCCUGGCCAAGGAGACCGGCAUCCCCGCGGAGCUGCUGGUGACGGUGAUCGAGCCGGGGCUGCCCACCGUGGCCAACCUGUACGUGCUGCCGCCCCCGCCCGGGCCCUCGAGGACGAGGAGCGUCUCCGGCGACCAGAGCCUGGCGGCCGUCCAGCAGGCGCUGAGCGCGCAGAAGAUCAGCUUCCCCCUGCGGGCUGGCGUCCGGGUGCUGGUGGCCCUCGGGCCGGACACACGUUCUCGGCGGCCGGGAGGGAGCGGCGGCUACUGGGUAGUGGCCCUGCUCCUGGUCAUCGGGCUCUUCCCCGUGGGAGGCCUCAUGCUCUACAAGUUCAAAAGGAAACGCCCGGACAGGACGGUGUACGCGCAGAUGCACAACGCGAAGGAGCAGGAGAUGACCAGCCCCCUGGGCCACAGCCAGGGCGUCCCGGGCUCUGUCCAGCGCGAGGACUUUAUAGACGGCGACCUCCACUCGCAGACCCUAGGGAACCACUCGGGCGUGGUCCUCAGCAUCAACUCCCGCGAGAUGCACAGCUACCUGGUGAGCUGAUGGCUGCGGCGCCCAGAGCCCCCCCCCUCCGGGGCCCCUCCCCGGGCACGGACCACCCACGCGGCCGGCGCCUUGCGGGACCGGCAUCGCUCAGAGACCGCGGAAGAGCCACCUCCUCCGGCUGUCCCCACGCCAGCCCCCACGCCCCUGCCUCUGCUCAGGACGCACGGGGGGCAGCUGACCACCGCCCUCCCCGGACCCCAGCCCACGGCCACCCGCUGCCCACCCGACCUGGGCACGUCUCCGCCCCUGGACUCCGCGAGGCUGCCUGGCUGCUCCGGACCCUGAGACCCCGGCCCAGGCCUGACCUGUGGUGGCCAGGCGGGUCCCCCGGGUCGGGGAGGUGAGCCUGCCUGGCUGCCCGCCCUCCGGAACCGCAGACCCACUCAGCCCCGCGCUGCACCUGGACACGCGUCACGCCCCACGGAGGGCAGGCCGCCUGAGUGCGUCUCCGCGGGUGCCCGCCCUCCAGCAUCGGGGAGCCUCUUGCUGCCCCCCCACCCCCACCCCAAACUGCAGGUGAUGGGGCACCUCUGUAGGAGCUGUGGGGUUUCUUUCAACUUCCAACCUUACAGCCGUAGCCAUCGGGGUGGCGGCCAGAGCCCCAGUCGCGGGGACUCCUUGCCCAGAAUGCCCAGGGCUGCUCGUGGCCUCGGCACCCUUCCCCCUGGGCCAGUGGGGCCCAGGCUGGCCUUCCCCUGGGAGCCACAGGGCUGCAGCUCCGCAGCCGGCCAGCGGGCGGCGCCCCGCGCAGGCGCCUCCUCCCGGCGCGGUGGCCCUGGCAGAGGCCCAGCUGCUGCAGUUCUUAGGGCUUCAGGGACCACAUCGCAGCCCGGAACCUGCGAGGUUGGGGGUUGGAGAGCCCGUUGCUCCUCGGAAACGCAGCACCGAGGCUCAGAGAGGGUGUGACCUUCCCUCGGCCCCAGCCCUCGCCCCGGGCAGGGCAGCCCACUCACAGGUGCCGGAUCAGGGACGCGGCCUCGGGGUCCCCGUGUGAACACGUAGGGGGAUGCUCCCCUUUGCCUUGAACCCGGAAUCGGUCUCCCUCCCCGAACUGGUCCUUCCCCCCCCCCCGCCCCCCUUACACGGCAGGGCCCUCUGGUGGCCCGGCCUAGCCUUUCCCGGGGACACCAGAGCCCAGGCUAGUGACCUGCUGGCUGGGCUGGGGUGAGUCCAGAUGAAGCCCGGGGGACGUCACCCCAGAACAGACCCCUGGACACAGUGGGGGACCCCUCCAGUCCAGCGCCCUGUGUCACAGUGGGGACUCUGAGACCACAGCCGGGAAGGGGUCCCUGUGCUCCCUCCCUGACCCCUGCCCACCAGUGGAGGCUCUGGGUGCCUCCUGCAGAGGCCACCUCCAGACUCUGCCCGAGGAUGGGGGGGG